AGAGUCAACGCUUGCGAUGCGCCACAGAAGUACGAUGAGCUGAAAGAAGCGUACAAUGGACACAAUAACAUUCACAUUUACCCCGACGGCCAUCUUGUCUCCAGGUGCAGUGACUACAUCAUCUACAGUGUACCCGCCGAGGCUAUUGACUCCGUUGUUGCCAAGUACGGCCCAUCUACCAAGCUCGGCGCCGUCGUUGGAGGUCAGACAUCAUGCAAAGCUCCCGAGAUCGACGCAUUUGAGAAGCACCUGCCGCCGGACGUCGACAUCGUGCCAUGCCACUCGCUGCACGGUCCCGGCGUGGACCCCAAAGGCCAGCCACUGGUCCUGAUCAAGCACCGCGCGUCGGACGCGUCCUUUGCGCUCGUCGAAAAGAUCCUCUCCUGCCUGGAAUCCAAGCACGUAUACCUCACCGCGGCAGAGCAUGACCGUAUCACCGCCGACACGCAAGCCGUGACGCACGCGGCCUUCCUGUCCAUGGGCGCCGCGUGGGCCGCGAACCGCCAGUUCCCGUGGGAGAUCCCGCGCUACCUGGGCGGCAUCGAGAACGUCAAGAUCAACGUGACGCUGCGCAUUUACUCGAACAAGUGGCACGUGUACGCGGGCCUGGCGAUCCUGAACCCGUAUGCCCGCCAGCAGAUCCACCAGUACGCCCAGAGCGUCACGGAGCUGUUUAAGCUGAUGCUGGGCGGCCACCGCGAGGAGCUGCGCAACCGCAUCAUGACUGCUGGCGCGGCUGUGUUUAGCGGUGAUGGCGAUGGAGACCUGUUGCUUAAGGAUGAGGUGCUCGACCAGUUUAGUCUGGGCGAGCUGCCUCCUGAGAAGGUCAGGAACAACCAUCUGAGCUUGCUCGCUAUGGUGGAUAGUUGGUGGAAGUUGGGUAUCGUGCCUUACGACCACAUGAUCUGUUCUACACCCCUCUUCCGUCUCUGGCUUGGUGCUACUGAAUAUCUUUUCCGCAAGCCUGACUUGCUGGAAGAGGUCAUUGAGACCGCGAUUGAAGACGACACCUUCCGCGCUGAUGACCUCGAGUUCACCUUCGCCGCCAGGGACUGGAGCGACCGCGUGAGUCUCGGGCACAUGGAUGCCUACCGUGAGAAGUUUGAAGGCAUUCAGGCCUACUUUGAGCCCCGAUUCCCUCAGGCAAAGACGGUGGGCAACGAGAUGAUCAGGACCAUCUUGGCGAAGACCUCGAAACCAUAG